GAUUUGACGUUUUACACACGUCAAAAUUCGUAGGACCCACUGUGAUUGUACCGCACCCACUAGUUUUCCUUAAAAUUUUACUGUAAUUUGAAAUAGAACAGUAUUUAGUGAAAUUUAAAUAUGGGUGAUCAUUUACCAGCUUGUGUCAUCGAUGUCGGCACGGGCUACACGAAGCUCGGCUUUGCCGGCAACAAGGAACCGCAGUUUAUCAUUCCGUCAGCCAUAGCGAUAAAAGAAACUGCCAAAGUUGGUGACCAAAGCACUCGGCGUAUGACUAAGGCAGUCGAGGAUCUAGAUUUUUUCAUCGGCGAUGAAGCCUUCGAUGCCACCGGGUACUCUGUGAAGUAUCCCGUACGCCACGGUUUGGUAGAAGAUUGGGAUCUAAUGGAGCGUUACAUUGAACAGUGUAUCUUUAAAUACUUGAGAGCGGAACCCGAAGAUCACCACUUUCUGUUAACUGAGCCUCCACUAAACACGCCCGAAAACAGGGAGUACCUAGCUGAGAUUAUGUUUGAGUCAUUUAACGUGCCAGGUCUGUAUAUCGCUGUGCAAGCUGUGUUGGCGCUCGCUGCGUCCUGGAAGUCGCGUACAUCCGCUGAACGUACGUUUACGGGUAUUGUAGUCGACAGUGGUGAUGGUGUCACCCAUAUUGUGCCUGUAGCUGAAGGAUAUGUCAUUGGAUCAUGUAUCAAACACAUACCCAUUGCUGGUCGUAAUAUUACCUCCUUUAUUCAAUCUCUACUUCGUGAACGUGAAGUAGGCAUCCCACCAGAACAAAGCUUGGAGACUGCUAAAGCUAUUAAGGAGAGAUACAGUUACAUUUGCCCUGAUAUAGCAAAGGAGUUUGCUAAAUAUGAUGCAGACCCUGGUAAAUGGAUGAAAAAUUACACUGGUAUUAAUGCUAUUACUAAAAACCCAUUCUCUGUUGAUGUUGGUUAUGAGAGGUUCCUGGGACCAGAGAUAUUCUUCCACCCUGAAUUCUCCAAUGCUGACUUCACUGUGCCUCUAAAUGAGAUGGUAGAUGAAGUUAUCCAGUCAUGCCCCAUUGAUGUUAGAAGAGGGUUAUAUGGCAACAUUGUGUUGUCUGGUGGAUCAACUAUGUUCCGGGACUUUGGCAGGAGACUGCAGCGUGACAUCAAGAGGACUGUUGAUGCAAGACUGAAGCUGUCUACUACACUGUCAGAAGGACGCAUUACGCCUAAGCCAGUUGAUGUACAAGUUAUAUCACAUAAUAUGCAGCGAUAUGCUGUGUGGUUCGGAGGCAGUAUGUUGGGCUCUACUCCAGAGUUCUAUCAGGUGUGCCACACGAAGCAGGCAUACAUGGAGUAUGGCCCCAGCAUCUGCAGGCACAACCCUGUAUUCGGAACCAUGACAUAAAUGUAUAUUGUAAUUAAUUGCCAG